CGCAUGUACACACUCUUUGGUUGCUCUCUUUCCAACAAUGUAAAGGGCCACUAUAAAUGAGAGUGAUAUGCAGUUUCAUUCAAGGUCGUUAGAGCGCGCCCGCAAUCAAAGACAACUAUAACCCCCCUUUUUUUUACGGUAGUGUUCGGUCGAGGAAAUCUGAUCCCUAUAGGCAGGCCAGUGAAGGCCACGCAUGGACACCCCAGGGUAUGAUGCAACGCGUGGCUGGGGGAUUAUUUGCACAGUAGUCAGAACUGGAAAGGAUGUGUCAUCAAAACCCAUCACCUCUCACUUCUUUGGCAGUGUUUCUUCAAAAUCUAUGCUGACAAUGCUACAUUACGCUUUAGUGUACAUGGCAUAUCAUACCAGCAGAUGGCUUCCAAGGGAUGAAAGGUUAAAAUUUCAAAUAAUUAAUGCAGUCUUUGUGGCACUAGUUCUCAUCCCUCAAUUGUUUGUGCUAACCAGGCCCAAAUCCUCUAGAUACUGCCAACAGCCUCUUCUGAACAAUCUCACUGCCUUCAUUGUCUUGUCCUUCAUGGCAACAGGUUUUGCAGUAACAUUCACACUGAUAGACCCAGUGCCCCAGAGCUUCAGGGCAGCCUACCAUGGGUUUGGACUUGUAUCUUUUGUCCAGGGACUAUGCACCAUCGCCCUGACUCUGACUGCACAACAGUGUGCGAAAACAACUCCUGAGCUGUACUAUUUGUCCCUUAUUCUAUCAUUGGCUUGUAUCCUGAGUACAGCCUUCUUCUUGGUGAAGGGAGGAUUCUGGGUAAAAACCAAUAUGCUACCCAGGCCCUGCCAGAGAGGGAACAAUGGCUAACUAGUCCAAACAGUCUACAGCUGCUCCAGGUUGCAAUUAGAUAUGCACCAUAGACUCAUCCAUCUAUAAUUGAUGCUGUUUCCAGGCUACCACCAGCAAGCGAUACUGUUGCACAGUAUGGUGACUAGUGUAGUAUGUAGUGAAUUUACAUAUCCCAUUUCCUUAAUUUGAUACACUUGAAAUCAAUUGGUGUGCAUUUGUUUAUUUGCAUUCAAUUACUGCGUUUUGAGUAUCAAAUUAACUAUUAAAAUGGCUACCACUAUCGU